AUGGGAGGGAAGAAGCCUGAGCUUGUGCAGGAGGUCAAGAGAUAUCGACUAGAAAUAAUCGUCCUCAACUCCACGCACAGCGUUGGCUCUGGAACCCAGCUCCUCGAGAGAGUCCUCCCAGCUGGUCUGACUGUGAAUCCCAGUAGAUCUCAGUUCUUUAGAGGAGACUCUGUGUCUCUGAGCUGUGAGGAGGACAACAUCUCUGCUGGAUGGACUGUGAGGAGAAACACAACCAGAAGACUGUCUCAGUGUGGAAAAGGAUGGGGGAAACCAGCUGGUUUGUCUUGUAACAUCAGCAACCUCUUCAUAGAGGACACUGGAGUGUACUGGUGUGAGUCCAGAGAGGGAGCAGCCAGCAGCAGCAUCCAGCUCACUGUCUCUGGUGGAUCAGUGAUCCUGCAGAGUCCUGUCCUCCCUGUGAUGGAGGGAGAUGACGUCACUCUGAGCUGUCAAACAAAGACUUCCUCCAACCUCUCAGCUGCUUUCAUUAAAGAUGGCUCCCUCAUCAGGACUGAGCCUGCAGGUCACAUGACCCUCCACCAUGUGACCAGCUCUGAUGAAGGUCUCUACAAGUGUAACAUCAGUGGUCAUGGAGAGUCUCCAUCCAGCUGGAUCUCUGUCUCAGAGAAAUCCUCCACAUCGUCUCCAACAACCACUCCUUCUCCUACAUCAGCCUCUCCACCCUCUUCCCAGUUUCUUCCCUAUGGGCUCCUGUCUCUAACUGGUGUCGUUGUUGUGGUUUUACUGCUGGUUCUACUGGUGAAACAUCAGGUUAACAGGAAAUCUAGAGGUAAUCAGGAAGUUGGAGAGGAAAGUAUCAUUUACAGCGAUGUUAAAAUAUCCCAGCAUGAACAACGGAGAAACAAACCAAACAAAGAUCUCAAGCAGCUGUGCUUCACUACUGUUCUGUUCACUGAGAUGAAAGAAGAAGAAGAAGAAAAUCCUUUAAUGAUGUGA